UAGAUUCUAGGGGCUUCUGAACCACUGCGAUGCCGCAAGUGAAGUUGGAUUAAUCCAACUUCACUCGCGGCAUCGCAAAAGUGAUUACUACAGCGAAAUUUGAAAGAUUAUAACGAUGGCCGAAAUGGAGAUUCCAAAGAAAGUAUAUACAUGCGGAAUGUGCGAGAUAAUUCUUGAAGAAGAUACACAUGCCCAUGAAUGUUUAAAGAAUUAUCCCACAAUUGUUAGCGAUGAAAAUUUGUAUUUGUAUCCCCAAUGUGAGGAUGGAAGCAUUGUACGGCGCAGUGCGAUUGACGAAGAUGAUCAGGAUGGAGUGUUGGUGAUGGAAUCACAUCCUCCGACAGAUCAAGAACCGCUUACAUCAAACACAGAACAAAACGUAGAUGAAAUCAUAAUAGCAGAAGUGUCGGCACGACCGCUAUUAUGGAACCAAAGAAUAAAUAUAACAAAACGUGAUAGACGAACUGUACAACAGCUUUGGAUGGAAGUAGCUGAUGCGACAAAUGGCGAAUGUUCUGUCGACGACGUAAAAAAAAAGUGGAAAAACUUGAGAGAUCGUUUUAUGAAAAUCGUCUCUCUUGAGAAGUUACCAAGUGGCUCAGGAAGUAAGCCAUCACGUAAAAAGUGGCAAUAUUAUGACUCGAUGUCUUUCCUACGGGACACUUAUCUGCAAAAACAGACAGUUUCAAAUAUAACAAUUAAUGAAUCCAUUGAUCUCAUUAACGACGCUCAAGAAGCUCAUGGCGAUGUGGAAGCUCAGGAUGAGGAAGUCAACGAUGCGAAUAGAGGUUAAGGUGCCUACGAUGGACGCGGCAAAUGCAACAACGCCGCGUUCACGCGGCUGGCGUCAUGGAAUUAGAAGCCCCUAGAAUCUAGUUCUUUCUGAACUGCCGCGUUGCCGCGCGCGGCAUUUGCCGCGUCCAUCAGUAGGCACCUUUUAAGCUGCGAAUUCAUGCAGCGAUAAAUCGCUGGCGACUUGGAAGAAGUGGGGGAAAAGUAACGCCAGCGUCAAGUAUCUGUCGCUUUUCUCCCAGUACAUAUUCAUGUGGCGACAAAUCGCUAGCGACUAAAAAUACAAUAAAUAUAAAAAAAAGUAUUAAAAAAGUAUAAAAUAAAA